CGUAGAUAUAGCGGAACAGAUGUUGAAUUUCUCUUUUUUUUUAGCGUUAUCUCUCCUCUUCCAAACGCCUCCCCAACCCCUCACACACUCUCGUUCAAAUUACACAAAAAUGCUUAAUCAUUUGUUAAACAGUUACAAACAAUGAAUCAUUUAUUAUUUUUGCCAUUAGUUUAAAAAGUUGACUAACGGUAAAGUUAAAAGUUUAGAUGCCGAUUUAGGAAAAUUUACAUGAAUAUCAAUAGAAACCUAAAUAUAUAGUGUAUUGUGUAUAUUAUAGCUUUCUGUCGGAUAGAUACACGUUCUUUUCACUUGAUAUAUAUUAAAUAUUGGAUAACGGAAAGGUGGAGAGAGAGAAGAGAGAAAGAUAUAAUCGUUUGAAUAGUGAUUUUUCUUUAUUGUGAUAAAAGGAUAGAUGGAUUGGAUACUCUCGUUUUUUAAAAAAAUCGAUUCGAUUGAAGUUGAUCAAGAAUCAAUAGCUAAGGAGAAAGUGACUGAAUUAAAGUCUAAUAAUGAAUCUAAACAACUCGAUAUUCGACUAAUGACAAAAGACGAUUGUAGAAGAAUAACAGAAAUCCUUUUUCAUGGCUUUUACCAGUUUAUUCAAUAUUUAAUUGGCAAAGAUGAAGAUGUGGCGAUCUUAAAUAUAGUCAGGUUAUUGAUAGAAUAUAAUUUCCGGCGUUACCAAGAUACCUAUGUGGCAGAAGUUAACUCUGAAGUUGAGGGAGUUUGUAGACUGACUUUUAGCGACUCAAUUGAUAGGAAAAUGCCGGGCUUACCUGGAAUGAUUGUUGAUGAUUUCUCACCGAAAUCUAUUCUUAGAACUUUAUGCUCUGGCUCUAUGGCUAAUAAUCUCAUGAAAAUUGAGGAAGGAGAUUGCCUCAUUCAAUUCUUAGCGGUUGGCGAAAAUUGCAGAGGGAAAGGCAUUGGUAAACUCCUUUUGGAGCAUUCCUACUAUCAGGCAGAGAAAAGAGGGUGUAAGAGAAUAUGGCUUCUCGUUUCGCUAUCCAAUCCUCAAUUUAAAAAUUUAUGCGAACAACUCGGUUAUGUAUCAACAAAGGUGAUCAGGGUUCGACCAUUGUUCGCCUUUGGCUCAGAGGUUAGUAAACUCUGGCUGAACAUUUCAGCGUAAUAAUCCCCCUCAUUGUUUUCGGCAGGGUUACUACAAAAUGGUGAAAAGUAUCUAAAAACUAGGUUAACAUUCUUUUCUAGCCAGCCACUGGCUCGCUUUUCUCUUUUUAUCUUCUUUCCUCUCUCUCUCCCUCUCUCUCUUACCUACUCUCUUUCUCUCUUCCCCAAAGGAAGAAAAAUAUUUUUAUCCAUUGGGAGAUGGAUAAAAGAUAGAUUUAAUUUACAGAAAUAGCUGGAAAAUCUGUGAUAGAUACCAUUUGGUUUUAAUUAUUGAUAAAUAAAUUUUCUUAACAGAAUUUCACCUAAUUCUUUUACUCUUUCGCCAGAUUGAAUCACGUGAUCAGUACAACAUCAGGCAUGAUACUUUUUAAUUAGUUGAUAAUAAAAUAAAAUACUUAUCUAUUAAUUUAUUUGAAUUGUUCGCACAAAAAUAUAACAAAAAAGGCGUAUUGAUUUCUUUUAUACAUCUGUCCCACUUUUAUAAAAAAGGUAACAAUUUUAAGUUUAUUAAGUAAAUGGGAAAUAGGUAAUGUUACUUUAUGCUAUACGGUAGGCUUUAUGGUAAUCACUAUCCUCAUUGAAGAUGAGUACUGUUGAGUACUUUUAAUUCUAGCAAAUCUAUUUAAACCUAUCCUACUUAAUUUCUUUGUUUUUCAUCCUCGAAACAAUUAUCAUUUUAGAUGUUAAAUAAUAAUCAAUUUUCAUUAUACUUUUAACGAUAGGUCGAGAUGACACGAUCGAGCAGGAAGGAGAGAGAAAGAGAAAUAUACCUAAACAUUGAUAGAUAAAUUGUUAUAUACUAUUAUGUAUAUUUAUAGAAGCAUAAACAUAAUAUAGGAUGAUUAAAUAUUUAUUCUUUACUGACCCGUUUGCUAGAAUUUUUAACCUGUAAGUGGACAAAGAGGGAUCUUUGAAGGCUAAAAGUAAUCGCCUCACUAAAUUUGUUAGCAUUGAUUUAGUUGUCGAGUCCCUUAUUAGGUUGUAUAAGGCAGGUCUCCAGAGUGUAAACAUUAAAUAGAUAUAUGAAUAUUCAGAAAGAAUCACGU